AUGCAUGCCAGAGCAGAGACCCUCCUCCUCUUGGUUGCCAUCUCCCUCCUCUCCGUGUUGCCGUGGCACACGCUAGCAAGCGGCGGCGGCGGCGGCAAGCCCCUCGUCGCGGCCGUCACCAAGGACGGCUCCACCUCGCUCUACACCGUCGCCGUGAAGGAUGGCCGCCCGCUCGCCCUCGACCUCUCUGGCCUGCUCGUCUGGUCGACGUGCGACGCUUCCCACUCGACGGUCAUGCCCUACGAGCGCGAGUGCAUCGAGGCCAACCGGUACACGCCGCCGAGCUGCUGGAUGCAGCACGGCGCCGGCGCCGGCGCCGGGAGCGACUACCGCUACGGCAACAAGUGCACGGCUCGCCCGUACAACAGUCUCACCGGCAAGUGCGCGCCGGGGGACUUGACGCGGACGUCGCUCGCCGCGGACGCCACCAACGGCAGCAACCCGCUGUACCAGGUCUCCUUCCCGGCCGUCGCCGCCUGCGCGCCGGAAUCCCUCCUCGCGUCGCUCCCCGCCGGCGCCGUCGGCGUCGCUGGGCUCGGACGCUCCGAGCUCGCGCUGCACGCGCAGAUCGCGGCGACCCAGAACGUGGCCAAGAAGUUCGCGCUCUGCCUCCCCAGCGUCGCCGUCUUCGGCGGCGGCCCGUUCGUCCUGAUCUUCCCCUACUGGCGGCCGGACAUCACGGCGAGGCUCUCCUAUACCGCCCUCCGCCGGAGCCCGGAGCUCGGCGCCGGCGGGUACUACAUCACGGCCAAGGGCAUCACCGUGAACCACCAGGUCCACCAGCAGCUGGCGCUCCCCAACCACGGACCGCUGGUCGUCCAGCUGAGCUCCACGAUCCCGUACACGGAGCUCCGCCCCGACGUCUACGGCCCGUUCAUCAAGGCGUGGGAUUCGAUCACGGAAUGGCCGAAGAAGGUGACGCCGCCGGUGGCGCCGUUCGAGCUUUGCUACGACAGCCGGACGCUCUCCUCGAACCGGCUCGGCUACGCCGUGCCGGAGAUCGACAUCAACCUCGAGGACGGCGCGACGUGGCACAUCUUCGGCGGCAACUCGCUGGUGCAGGUGGACGACAGCACGGCGUGCUUCGCGUUCGUCGAGAUGAAGCCGGAGAAGGUCGGGUACGGUAACGACGCGCCGGCGGUGGUGAUCGGCGGGUACCAGAUGGAGCACAACCUGGUGGUGUUCGACGAGGAGAAGCAGCAGCUCGGCUUCAGUGGCCUCCUCUUCGGCCUGCAGACCACCUGCAACAACUUCAACUUCACUGUCGCUGCCUAAUAG